AGUUUACACACACCAACAAUGGCUGGUAUCAAACUUGUAGCUCUUGGUUUCGUUGCCCUGCUAGUAGUUGGACUAUCCAAUGCUGCACGGGUAGCUAGAUUGUCUAGUGCAGAGGGGCAAGGUGAGGGAGGGGGAGCAGGCGGUGGAACCGGAACCGGUGCCGGGGCCGGGUCUGGGGGUGGCGAUGGGUCAGCUGGCAGUAGCGUUAGUACGUCUGGGUUACCGGAUCAUACCCGGGCUAGAUCCGGUGGUGGCGGUGGCGGCGGCGGUGGCGGCGGUAGUGGUGGCAGUGGGUAUGGCUUUGGGUCAGGGUCAGGAUCUAGCUCAAGUACUAGCCGUGGUGCCGGAAGAGCAUGGAUUGGCGGUGGGCAUACUGACGCUGGAGGUGCCGGCGGUGGUGGGGGUGCCGGAAGAGGAGACGGUGACCAAGGAUCUAGUGGCCAUGGCGAUGGGUCUGGCUUUGGGAGCGGCUCCAGUAAGGUGGACAGUGAAGGCUAUUAUGGGGCAUCUGGCUAUUCUAAGGGUGUCGGCAAUGGUGAUGGUGGAGGUCAUGGCGAAGGUGGUGGAUAUGGUAAUGGUGGAGGGAAUGGGUCAGGUUUUGGCAACGGUGAAUUCCCUUAAAUUUCUUCAUAGAUUAGCGAACUAAAUAUGGAGCCCGUAGUCUGGUGAUUUGUCUUUUUUUUUAGUUGUUGAGUGACUGUCUUAAUUAGUUUGGGACGUAAUGUGCGUCUCAUUUUCCCUAAAUCAGAAUAAUGCUCCAUCUAUCCUUGCUGAGUGUGGUUACAUAUAUACAAUUAAUGCGACUAGAAUGUACGCAUGCCACUUAUGUGAAGGUAGAACUAUGUAUUGUACUUUCUUCAUCCAAAAAAUACACACCUAUUAAGACCAGACUAAUACAUAU